AUGAUAAUGGCUGAGCUCAACGGAGUCAUCAUUCCAACGAUAGACUUGGGAGAGGUUUCUGAUAAGAUCUUGAAUGAGAAAAUCCGUGAAGCGAGCGAGAGGUGGGGAUGUUUCAGAGUGAUCAACCAUGGAGUUUCACUCUCUCUGAUGUCUGAGAUGAAGAAAACCGUUAUGGAUCUCUUCGAACGUCCAUACGAGGUGAAAAAACGUAACACCGAUGUGCUGCUAGGAAGUGGUUACAGAGCUCCAAACGAAACCAAUCCUUAUUACGAAGCGUUGGGUCUCUACGACAUGGCUUCUCCUCAAGCUGUCAAUACCUUUUGUGACCAGCUCGACGCUUCUUCGGAACAAAGGGAGAUAAUGGUUAAGUAUGCGAAAGCUAUCGUUGGACUUGCAAAGGAUUUAGCUAGAAGACUAGCAGAGAGCUACGGUCUGGUUGAGACCGAUUUUUACAGAGGAUGGCCGAGCCAGUUUCGGAUUAACAAGUAUCACUUCCAACCGGAAGCCGUUGGGAAACUCGGUGUGCAGUUACACACUGACUCUGGUUUCUUGACGAUUCUUCAAGAUGAUGAAAACGUUGGUGGACUUGAAGCCAUGGACGCUACUUCAGGAAUGUUUUACCCCAUAAGUCCGGUGCCGAACACGCUUGCUAUCAACCUUGGAGACAUGGCUGCGAUAUGGAGCAAUGGAAGGUUGUGCAAUGUGAAGCAUAGAGUGCAAUGCAAUGAAGCAACAAAGAGGUUUUCUAUCGCCUCGUUCUUGUUGGGACCGAUGGAUACAGAUUUGGAACCGCCUAGCGAGUUUGUGGAUGAGGAACAUCCUCGACUAUACAAGGCUAUUAGUCACGAUGGGGUGCGAAAUAUUAGGAUGACUAUGAAGUUGCAUGACGGAGAAGCUCUCAAGCAUAUAACCUAUGAAUGA